CUACUCCCACUGAAACCUGAACCAUUACUCCAGUCUUCAGGCACUCUCAGUAAAAACAGGUAGAAAACUACGGGUACGCUGUUUUCUCUGUCUUUCAGAUUGAGGGACUACAUAUUGACACUAAAUGCCUGAAUCCAUCAAAGCCAGCCGUCCAGCCCAGCCCAUCCGUGGCUACGGGGAGCGGCGUCCCUGAAGUCUUAGUCGUUACAACAUCUAGAGCUGAACUGCCACUCGAAGGACUCCAAAGUGAACACACCAUCAUCAUCAGCCAAGAGGGAAAUGGGAUCGACGGGCCUCCUCCACAUCUGCCUGCCUUUGAAGGGGGAGCCUCUUCCCUUCCUGCUCUGAAGCCCCCAGAUAACCCUCUAUCAACUAUCCACAUGAAACCCAUCGAAUGUCAGAGAAAAAACCAAAACCCCAUCCUCAGCCCGAUAAAAAUCCCUUGUGGCCAACCUCAGAGUCGCAUAGAUGGGGCGCAAUCUGCUGCAUCGUCAGCCACCUUGAUGCCUCCAAAACCCAUCCCUGGGGAGGCCCAGGAGGACUUUCUGAGGAGGAAGCGAGAGUACUGGAGGCUAAAAAAGAAAGAACAAAGAGCAAGGAAGGCCUCUCAGGGCAAGGGACGCACCCCGACCAGAGCCUCCAGCGACAGCAGGAGCGUCCUGCCUGCCCAGGAUCUACAAAGCUUCAUCAGAGCUACGCAGGAUCCAGACCAGUGGGCGAACUCCUCUGAACAUCCGAUGAGCGUCCCGGCGGAACCCGACCCAGAAUCCUUAAUGUUCCCGACCUACCCAGCUCCGGCGGAAGGUCAGGAUGACGUCUGGUUUGCCGACUAUGACGAGGAGGAGGAAACCCUGACGGAGGCGGCGUGGAGGAGCCGCUACCUCAUGGACUACGAUCCGCUCAACCAGCUGCUGGUGUGCAUGGUCUGUGGGGAGCUGCAGUACUCCCACGGCCUGGAGGCGGUGAGGGCCCACAUCGACGAGGCGCACCCUCUCACCCUGAGGCUAGAACCCAGAGAGAAGCAGAAAAUCCUGGAGGCCUGGGAUGAGCAGGUUUCCCAGCGGGAACGCUUCUUCAGCAGCCAGCUGCAGCAGCACUGUGGGCCGACACAAGGAACCAACAGAAACUGAUCCAGGAAGGAGAGAUUGCUGCGGGGUCAACUGGAAACCAACUCCAAAAAAAAACAAAAAACAUUGAUUUUUAUUUAUUCUUUUUUUGGUUUUGUAGUAAUUUUUAUUUUUUUAUACAAAGCAUAAAGAGAUUUCUUCCUGGAUCAGCAAUCCCAUCCUUCCCUAACAGGUUGACGUACCGGCAUGUUGAUCAGUUUAAACCCUCGGAUCCUUCGGCUGUAGAGAUUUUCCACGAGGAGGAAACUCCUUCCAGGUUUCCUGGUUGGAUCUUGCUUCCGUUAAAUUAUUUUUUUUUCCAAGUCUUUGUUGCCUCGUGCUCCUUUCUAAAGCCCAUAAACUGUAUCCUGUUUUAAUAUUGCAGGCAGCUUUUUUUCUUUUCUGUACAUAAACAAAGGGAGCAGCAGUGAAAGGCCAAA